AUGACCUCAUUGCUACGAAUCCAACCGCGUUUGCGCGCCCCUUCCUCCAUUGCCUACCUCAGUCGCCCGGUCUUCAGCCUACCUCGUCAACGAUGCUACGCUCAGAAAUCCCCGAAGGAGGAAGAAAGCCAUGCCGAGAACCAGGAUAUGAAAGAUGCUUCCCUCCGGCAUCCCAACCACCCGAUUCCCUCUAACAAAGCUGAGCCCACUCUUCACGAUGGAAAGCAGUCCCCCAUUGCCGAUCACGAGGGUAAUCUCAGAGACGACCUUCCGGAGGAUGUGAAGAAGCACAAUGAAGAAGUGGAGAACCGAUAUGACAGACCGUACAACCACAUUGCGGAUGACGGAGAUACUGAGCCAGCUUGGAAGAGGAAGUAA